AUGGGAAUGAGGACCAUCCAUUUUGAAUUGGAAUGGAUCAGAGCAGGCUUCCUCUCUCUGAACCAACUGGAGGAAAAAGUGCGCGAGGAACUUCAUGAAGAGAUACGGCUUUCACAGCUGCUCGGGAGGAGGGUCACACUGGACGGUCUCCAAAUGUUCCUGGCAGUGGUGUGUCCCAAAACGGAGCAAGAAGUGGAGAGCUUCCUCCGGUAUCUGCUUCACGAGCUGCAGAAGAUUUUGAGCAGCUCCAACAUCAGCUGGAUCCAGGAAGUGACGCUGCUCACAGAGCUCCGACGCCGAAGCAUCCACCUGGUGAGAGAGGUGGUGGAUCAUGUCGUCAGGGUUUUCCUGACACCCGCUGUUGGGGACUCCAGUGCGGAGUCUUUGAGGAGAAGGGCUGAGACGGCCAGCUUGGGCGUUGGCAGAAUGCUGGAAGACGCUCUGACUUCUUGCUCCUGCCUCAGCCAGCAUGUUGAUGAAGACCGUCUGCUCUACAUCUGCUCCUCAGUGGCCUGGCGAGUGGUGGAAAGCCUUUUUAGAAGUUUUGUCCGCCACUCUGAAAGCUUUCCCCUGCUGGACUUUGACCGAAGCACGUUCACUUCACGAGAGUGCAUCCUAAGGGCUGUGGAGGACAUGGACUACAUCGCAACCUUCAUGAACUUCUAGAAGAUGAUGCAGUUUGUGCCCAUGAAGCAGGAGCACCACUCAUCUCCUCCCUCCAUUCUUACAUCACAGAAUAUGACAUCAUCAAAAUAAUUUUAAUUCUGUUGACUGUUUUAUACAUUCAUUCCCA